AUGAGCGGCCGAGAUGAUGAGCAUACCCCUUUACUGAUUUCCGAUCCGUCUGUUAACAGAGCAUAUCGUUCACGGACUCCUUCUCCGGAGAGAGAGUACUGUUCCUCUUGUCCCUUGAUCUCUCGAAGCUCUACAGACAACGAUAAUGGUGCAUCAUCCACAAUAGGUAAUACUGCAACAUCGAAUAGCAAAGUUAAUUCAACUUCUCAAAGCUCUUCUUCACAUAGGAGUUACAAUGCUACAGUGAAUAACGAACCUGUUUCAUUUAAUGACCCAGAAAACCAAAACCAAGUGUUUAGAGAUGAAGGCUGUGGUAGGACUGAUUGCUGCAUGGAUACCACGUCUAGACCUAAAAAAAGAUUGAUUUCUCCUUUAUUGAUAUUGCCAUUGAAUUUUAUUAAUGCAUUUUCGUGGGCGAUGAUUGAAAUUCCUCUUUUGUUUCUUAUUCGACAAGGGCUAUGUGCCAAACACUAUGGACUUGAUCCCUCUAAACUAGCUCCAGGUGAUGCAAUAUGUCGUCUUCCUGAAAUUACUUCCGGUGUCUCAAAAUAUCGUGCUGCAUUCGGGUCCGUGGCUGCGUUUCUUGGACUAUUAUCUACUGCCUGUUAUGGUACUCUAGGCGAUAUUUAUGGUAGAAGACUUGUCUUGAUGAUAGCUGUAUCAUUCGUAUUAUUUGGUGAUAUGUUUCUUCUCUAUCAGUCAUAUUCGUUUAGCCAACUUUCUUUCAUUUUAUUAUCUGCAUGCUUAAAAGGUCUAGGUGGGUAUAUUUCUACAAUACUUGCGGGGCAAAACUCGUAUGUGGCUGACUGUACUCAAAAUGAACAUCGAGCUUGGUAUCUGGCUUUAAAUUUUGCUACAUACCAUGUUGGCACUGCCCUAGGGCCGACUAUCAGCGGAUACAUUUUGCAAUGUUCUUCACGUAUGUAUUAUGUUUUUAUUAUAACAACAAUGUUAUGGACAUUCUAUAUUUUAUACGUUUGGCUUAUUUUACCAGAAAGUUUAAACCGAAGUGAAGAUAAUGUUGAAAGUACCCGUCUGUCUUUUUCGUCAGUUAUAGAUACUUGCUUGGGUCCCUUAAAGGUAUUGUGGCCUCAAGUUGUUUGUACAGAAGAAAGCUGCUCCAUUCGCCAGUACGAUGUGAAUUGUGAUACUCAUGCUGGAAGAAGACAUUGGGAUGUCAUGCUAGCUGCUGUACUCAUAUUUCUAGCAUUGAUAGGAGCUGGAGCGAUGGCUUUGCUACCAAUCUAUACUGAUUUUUACUUUGGCUGGGGUCCACUAAAGGCAAGUCUAAUUUUGUUUACAGAUUCGUUUGCCAGUGCUUUUACUCUAGUUGCUAUCUUUCCGUUGGUUUCUAAAAUAAUAGAAAGAGUUUUAGAGACACUUCACUCGUCAAAGGGAUUAUUUAAUUAUUUAAGUAGUCGUACAGAUAACCCUUCGACGUUGGAAGGUAUACGAAAUGUAUUCUCUUACCUAACUCUUCCUGGAUAUACAAACGAAAGUGUACUUCGAGCUAAUACUUUGAACGAAAUGUAUACGAUCGUUAAGCGUGAUGUAUGGAACACUAGAUUCAGUUAUAUUGUUGCGAUCUGUUCCUCUGUAUUACUUGCCAGGGCCCAAACAGACGUCUCAUUAUUUAUAGCUGUCAUUGUUCAAGCUGUUUCUAAUAUGGUAAUUCCGUGUGUUCAAUCUAUUGCCUUAAAUGGAGUUUUGUCUGAAUACAAUGGACGAAUAUUAGCCGCUUUUGCCGUUUUCGAAGCUGCCGCUCUAAUCAUAAGAGGCCCUAUGUACGCUUACAUAUAUGCUGCUUCCGUUGAUACCUCAUUCCCUAAUUUAAUUUUUUACGUGAGCGCCUUUUUAUAUGUUAUUUGUUUGGUGGUAACUUAUUUUAUGAGACUAUAUAAACCAUUGAAUCGGACGUAA